AAACAGUACCCCAGCAUACUAAUUGUCUCAACUCUCAACCAUUAAUGGCUUCCCAACCCCUAGUAUCUCAUCAUCAGGCUUUGCUAGCGCUUAUGGUUCUGGCAGUGUUAGCAUUCACUCCCUCCAAAACUUUCGCUACGGUGUUCAUUGUGGGUGGCGAUCAAGGCUGGCGAGCACGCGUCGACUACGCCGUCUGGGCCGAGGGCAAGGUGUUCCGCGUCGGCGACAAGCUUGUUUUCAAGUACCCCAAGUGCUUCCACAACGUGGUGAAGGUGAACGAGUACCAGUUCCAGAAGUGUAGCGCUCCAAGAGGGGUGAAGGCCCUGGCCACCGGGAACGACGUCGUCGAACUCAAGACUGUUGGGAGGAACUUCUACAUUUGCAGCGUGGGCAGGAACUGCGCCGAUGGCUGCCAGAAGCUUGUGAUUGAUGUGAAGCCACAUCAUGGAACAGCCGGCCAUUAGGCGGCAUUAAUAAGCUAGUGCUUUUGUUAUGGCUGGUUGCCCGGUUGUUGAGUGUUGUUUGUGUGUUUCUCGGUGAAACAAAUAUGGGAAUAGCUUGUAAGUCUAUCGGUUAGGGAGAUCUCCAUCUAAGUCAAGGCUUUGUAGUGUCGAAGCAAAUUAUUAUUAUAUAAUAAAAGAUAAUGUUACGUUGUUUUUGUUAGAAUGUUGUAUAAGAUCCAGCAAAACCUUCUCCCAACAACUCGGGUUAUUGGGAGCAACUGGUUCUUAACAUGGUAUCAGAGCCUCGAACCAAAAGGUCAUGUGUUCGAAUCUCCACGACCCCCAAUAUUAACCGUUGUCUUUCAAGCACAUGGUAUGAUGGGCUUGUGCAAACUUCAAGCCCAUGGGUUGGCUUUCAUUUGAGGGGGCGUGUUAGAAUGUUGUAUAAGAUCCAGCAAAACCUUCUCCCAACAACUCGGGUUAUUGGGAGCAACUGGUUCUUGACAGUUUUUACUUUGUCGUUGUAUCAGAGCGACGCCCACAUUAGUGUAAUCUUAUGAGACACGCGGCGACAUUAAAUCAUUAAUUAGCCA